UAACCUGUUGCUUUAGAGGAGUGCUUGGAACAGUGAAGCACUGAGGUGGUUUGAUGAUUUCCUGCUUUGAUGGAACUCUGGCAAAGGCAUAGUGCUUUGACAGUGAAAAAACAACUCCAAGACUGCAGCAGGACAAAUUUGGAAGCACUUCAGAAGAAGCUGGAAGAAUUAGAGUUGGAUGAACAGCAACGGAAGCGCCUCGAAGCUUUCCUUACCCAGAAACAAAAAGUUGGAGAGCUGAAGGAUGAUGACUUUGAGAAGAUCAGUGAGCUGGGAGCAGGAAAUGGUGGUGUGGUCUUCAAAGUGUCUCACAAGCCUUCUGGUCUCAUAAUGGCAAGAAAGUUAAUUCAUCUAGAGAUCAAGCCAGCUAUUCGAAACCAGAUCAUUCGUGAGCUGCAAGUUCUACACGAGUGCAACUCUCCGUACAUAGUGGGCUUCUAUGGAGCUUUUUACAGCGAUGGAGAAAUCAGCAUUUGCAUGGAACAUAUGGAUGGUGGCUCCUUGGAUCAAGUACUGAAAAAGGCUGGAAGAAUUCCAGAGCAGAUCCUGGGCAAAGUUAGCAUUGCGGUAAUAAAAGGACUCACAUAUCUGAGAGAAAAGCAUAAAAUAAUGCACAGAGAUGUUAAACCAUCUAACAUUUUGGUAAACUCUAGAGGUGAAAUCAAGCUUUGUGAUUUUGGUGUCAGUGGACAACUGAUAGAUUCUAUGGCAAACUCGUUUGUUGGCACGCGCUCCUACAUGUCU